CAGAAAGGCUUAUUUAAAAUGCAAAAAUAAAUUCUCUUUACUUCUAAGUGAAAGUCCACUUAUGUACUUUUGAAAUGAUGGCAGAAAAUUUCUCCUCUACACUUGAUUUUAGUGAUUUAAAUGUAUCCCCUUGGCUUAUUGAGCAGUGUACAGCGAUGGGUAUUAUGAACCCUACGCCUGUUCAGCAAUAUUGCAUUCCAAAAAUACUUGCUGGAGAAAAUUGCAUUGGAGUAUCAAAAACUGGUUCUGGUAAGACGUUGGCAUUUGCUUUGCCAAUAUUGCAGAAAUUGGCCGAAGAUCCAUACGGUAUAUUUGCAUUGAUUUUGACACCAACAAGGGAACUUGCCAUACAAAUAUCGGAUCAGUUUAAAGUAAUCGGGAAACCUAUUCAAUUAGAAGUAUCUGUUGUUAUUGGAGGCAUGAAUAUGGUAGCUCAAGGAAAGGAAAUCAACUCUCAGCCCCAUAUCAUGGUAGCAACUCCUGGCCGCUUGGCAGAUCAUUUAAAAAGUAGUAAUGAUUUUUCAUUCAAGAGAACCCAGGUUUUGGUUUUGGAUGAAGCUGAUAGACUUUUGGAGGGACAGUUUACUGAGCAG